GCGCUGAGAGAACGGCUUACAUCGGUGUAGGUGAGAUUCGCCACGCUUGCCGAUAGUCUCCGGACCUCAACGGCAUGCCGCAACGUAUCAGUUCUCGAGGUGAUCGCGCCGACGAUCGAUAGAAACUCGUUUCUGGCUCGGUGUUAGUAAUCGUAGUGGUGGGUUCGCGGAAGCUGCGCCAUUGCCGUUUGAUAGCGAACAGAGGAUCUCAAAGAUACGAUUCUUGUCUUGUGCUUAGCUUGGUGGAGAACGGCCAAAAAAUAAAUUCGUCGCCAUGGGAAGCGCAAUCAAACGUGCCGGCACCAUACAGACGAUGAUUUUGUGGACUGUGUUAAUAGUGCUGUGUUUCUUCGCGACUGAUCUCUUUGCGCUGCAAGACGGCGAAUCAUGCUCGCACCAGGGAGAGUCGGGCGUGUGCCGACCAUACUCGAAGUGCAAACGCGGCAAUCGGAUCACCGUGUGCAGCUAUUCGGCCACGGAAGCGAUCGUCUGCUGCCCACAGUCCCAACAGCUCGACACCCCUCCGAGCGGGUUUAGCAUACCGACGCCACUUAACUCGCAAAGUCGUGGCGGAAGCGAACGGAUAAGCGAAAAAAAAUGUAACGAAUACAAGGACCUUACGACGGAAAGUGUCGCGAUCAGUGCGCUCACACUGAAUCCAACCCUGGUUAAAAUCGAUGUACCGAAGUGUGAAAUGGUGGUGAAGCUGAUCGUCGGUGGCAACGUGACUAAACCGGGCGAGUUCCCGCACAUGGCUGCGAUCGGAUGGCGGCAGCCGAACGGUGGCUACUCGUUCGACUGCGGAGGAUCGCUGAUCAGCGAGUACUACGUGCUGACGGCAGCCCACUGCUACGCGGAAUCAGCUGACGGCACACUACCCUCCAUUGUGCGGCUGGGCGAACAGAGCUUGGUGCGCGAGGACGAUGGUGCGGAGCCGGAAAAUUACGACAUCUUGCGCUUCAUCGUGCAUCCGGAUUUGAAACGGAGCGUCGGAAAAUACAACGAUAUCGCACUGAUUCAGCUGACGGAGCGUGUGAUCUUUACGAACUUUAUACGGCCGGCCUGUCUGUACCCAUCGGAAGUGCUAAACGUACGCACAGCGAUCGCGACCGGAUUCGGGCGGACGGAGUAUCUUGGUGCCAAAUCGGACGAGCUGCGCAAGGUGGCACUCAACAUCUACAACAAUGAACUGUGUGCCGAGCGAUACCGGUAUGACCGUCACCUCCGCCAGGGCAUCCUAUCCACGCAGAUGUGCGUUGGUGAUCUGGCCGGUGGAAAGGAUACCUGUCAGGGCGAUUCGGGCGGCCCACUACAGGUAACGGUACAAGAAAACCAUUGCAUGUUUUACAUCCUCGGUGUGACAUCGUUGGGGCAGGUGUGCGGUAGUUCUACGCCGGCAAUUUACACCAAAGUUCACCCAUACCUGGACUGGAUCGAAUCCGUGGUGUGGGGAUGAAUGGACAGUCGAACGGACGGCCGUAACGCAACAGCCACUGGUUAAUUUUGAACGAUUCCUGUAAGGCAGGUCAUGUGCGUUUCCCUCGAAAACAAGCAUACAAUUUCUGCAAAGUAGAAAUUCUAUCCCAAACUCCAAGAGUAUGACUACUUCAAAGCAAACAGCUAAUCUCUUAAUUACGUUCAGUGAGGAGAACAAAUUGACGCAACAAGUUCUUUCAGUCCUUUUACUAAUACAUCCAAGACACUUCUAAUAUUUUUAUAUUCAAUAAAGAACUUUAUCAGUUGUAUACGUAAAUUUCAAAA